AUCAGGGCGCUAGGAAUUGCGGACGCUUCCUGAAGCGACGCGGGCUUAUUACACCGAACAUCGAUUGCUGUGAACGCCGGCCUGUCUUGUCCUUGGCGACGCCGACAAUGUCGCUUUCAGCUGCCGCCACGGUUGCAUGGGGAGCAAACACCUUGUUUGUGUCUCCCGCAGUGAAGCCUGCGUUCCUACCCCAACGCCAUGGUCCCGUCAUCUUCAAUCGGCCCCCUACCGCCGGAGAGCUCUCGCCAAGGCCAUGGGUGGCGAUUGACCCUUUCGGAGGCACCAGCACCAGGAUGCACGGGAGCAGGAGCAUCAAGAUGGCAGCGGAAAAGCCGAAAGGAUCAGCGAUGCUCCAGGGUCCGAACCUUGAACUGAUGAGGAUCUUGGUCCAAGGCGAGGUAGCCGUGGGAACUGCCGCGGCUGGCCUAGCUUUCUUGACGAAGGUCAAUCCAUUCGCAGGCACAGUGUUUUCUUGGGCGGCAAUUAAGGCGGGCUGCCUGGGGGCCCUCCCGAUUUUUCUGGUUAGCGUCCUGCUGGAGAAGAGCGGGGUCGACUUUUUUCGUAAGAUCGAUCAAGACACCAAGCUCUACGUCGUGCAAAUCUUUGGAGCCAAGCGCAACUGGCCGGUGGUGUCGCUUUGGUCGUUUGUGCUCGCGGCCAACGCAGGGUUUUUCGAGGAGGUAUUGUUCCGGGGCGUGAUCCAGCAAGGGCUCUCGACGCUCAUUGGUGACAUCCCCGCCCUGGUGAUCUCUUCGGUGCUGUUCGGGUUGGCGCACUCCCCGGUGCCGGGGGCCAGCUCCUUCACGGAAGCCUGCUACGGGGCCAACUUCGGGCUGCUGUACAUGAUGUCCGGCGGCAAUCUGCUGGUGCCCAUCAUCGCACACGUUCUGUACGACCUGUUGACGUUCCUGGAAGUACACCAACGGGCAACUGCUCAGCUCGAGACCACACUACGCGGAAAUCUCCCGCAGAAGGAGCAGGAGAAACGAAACGUAGCGACGGUGGUGAAGAAGUUCAACCUGUCCGAGAAGUUCGUCGACAUGUCUUACGGAGUCUUCCAGCAGCUGGAUCUCGACAAGAACGGAGUCAUCGACCAGAAGGAGCUUCAGCUGGGUCUGCGCACGUUCGGAAAGUUUGCGUCCGCGGAAGAAACUCGCCAGAUCAUGCGGGAGGCCGACCUGGACAAGAACAACGCCCUUACGUUCGACGAGUGGGUCCGCCUCCUGGCGCUCAACUACUCCGCCCUCCUGCAGCCCAAGGCUGAGAAGCAGAUCGGAGGCCGUUGAGCUUCGCGGGGACGAGGGCUGGAACACACUGCGAGUUUGCGGGCGAUGCAUCGAAAGUGUUGACGGCAGGUGUUUCUCGGAUGCAGUGUCGCUGUACUCGCCUUGCUCCUUCUGCGACACACUGCCCAAUUAGAAAGCCCCCUGCACCACGUCUCAUCUUCUCUCGCUUUUCGGGGAGGCCUAGAGAGAGGGAAAUUUAUUGUUGUAGCCUCAAAUUCUUGAAUACACUUCUUGUUCCCCCGUGUCGUUUUAUCGUCAUCCAAUUGCGUCGGCUCGGUCAGGCUUGUGUACAUCUCUAUUCUGGUGUAUUUCAUUUCAACGUACAUAUACAUAUGUACGAUGCACUGCGAUGGUAUCAUCGCAAGAAAAGAUGUGAUUUUUAUCCUCUAAGCGGAAAGCUUGAGCCUACAGUACUGGAUUUUCCCCAACGGAGUACACAUGGUUCAGUUUCCUAGGGAACCAUAUUUCUCUGAGACCGAUGUAAAAUGUGUUUUGGGUCUCUAGGGGCGCACAGGGCUGCUCCCCAACCGGUCUCGCCGAACGUCGAGUGAAUAUCGUAACUCCGGAAACGGUGGGACGGGUUGUCUCGUUCUGAACAUACGGUGAUUGGAUGUCUUGUGCGCCGCAUGUGCAUGGCGCUGAAGUUUGAAGGAAACGUUGUGCUUGUGUAGCUCGUAUCUUCUAUGUAGAGUGUCUUAAUCUUUAAGUUGAGCGCGGCAAGUUUGCAAUUUGCCGCCAACGGCCAACGAAUGGUCGGUAUCGCUUGGGCAAUCACAAUAGCCUAUUGAAGUACAGUGCUAUCGUAUUGGUCCGAUAGAGAGGUUCACGAUUACCGUGGAAAUGCGGUACAUUUGGUGUCUAAGCUUCCAUUCAUAAACGGCUGAAUGUCGGCUUCUGCUGCUCACCGUUACGGCUCAUAUUCUACACCAAGCGCAAGGGUUGUGUGGGUGCCGCCGCCCAGUUUUCCGAGGUUGAGGACCCGUUGAUGUGGCGGCCGUACGCCUCGCACCGGCCACGUCGGUAUUGUUCCGCCCCAUGUCACCCUCGGUGUUUGCCAUC